UCUCUGCGAGUGUGAACGCGCAUGCCCCCCCACCCCCUCUCUCUCCCCUCCACACCCCUCUCCUACCGCCACCACUAGGUCGAGUCGAGGAGGAGGAGGAGGAAGAGGAGGAGGAGGAGGGAUGAGGCGCGCGGCGGAGGGGAAAUGGCUGCCGAAAACAAGCCGGAAGGACUGAAGAAGAUAAGAAAUCCAGAGCGAAUGGUCAGGAUAGCCGUGGGUUACACGGGACACACCCCUCCCAAGAGUGAUGACACUGACGCCAACAGUGAGCCAGGCCAGCUGAAAAUCUACCUUCCUAAGAAGCUACUGGAGUGUCUGCCCAAAUGCUCCUCUCUGCCCAAGGAGCGCCAUCGCUGGAACACUAACGAGGAGAUUGCUGCGUAUCUCAUCACUUUUGAGAAACAUGAUGAGUGGCUGACGACAUCGCCAAAAACCAGGCCUCAAAAUGGCUCCAUGAUCCUCUACAACCGCAAGAAGGUGAAGUACAGGAAAGAUGGAUACUGCUGGAAGAAAAGGAAAGACGGGAAGACCACCCGAGAGGAUCACAUGAAACUCAAAGUCCAGGGUGUCGAGUGUCUGUAUGGCUGCUACGUCCACUCCUCCAUCAUCCCCACCUUCCACCGUAGAUGCUAUUGGCUGCUGCAGAACCCGGAUAUCGUGCUGGUGCACUAUCUGAACGUGCCGGCGGUGGACGAUAGCGGGAAGCCGUGCGGCCCGGUUCUGUGCUCCAUCAACACCGACAGGAAGGAGUGGGCCAAGUGGAGCAAGGAGGAGCUCAUCGGACAACUCAAACCCAUGUGUGCCGGAAGCAGCCUACAUCAGAAAUGUUCCAGCGUCAAGCAGCGCAUCAUCUCCUCCAAGCAGGAGUCGGGGGCAGCGGCAGGGGGCGGCGCUACGGUGGGGGCCGGCAUCACGGCAGGCCAGAGAUCGGAGGAAGCGGAUGGCACGGAGGUCCAGAACAGCGACGUGUCGGAGGGCCAGACGGAGCCCAGUCCCGUGGGGCGGCGGAGCAGAGCGGGCGGAGGAGAUCGGAGAAACGGGCGAAUAACCAAGCCCUCCCUGCUCCCGCAGAGCAGCAUGGAGGUGUCCUCCUCCACCUCCGCCAACCAGGUGGAAGUCCCCGACACCACCCAGAGCUCGCCACUCUCAAUCGCCAGCGACAUGGCCGACAGCCCGGCGCUCGCCAUCGGCGCCGCCGGCCUGUCACAGAGCACCGCCGUGUUCAUGUCUGAGGUCACCACCUUGACUGGGGAUUCGGUUUACUCCGCCGGCCACACCCACCUGCUGCCAUCGCCGCACGAGAGCGCCGCCACCGGCAUCCUGUUGGCCGUCGCCCCCGAGAACCAGCGGUUCGCGUCGUUUCCAGGCGGGGUCGGCUUAGGGGAGGGAGCGGAGCUGGUUCUUUCCAGCUCGUUAGACUCUGGUGGAGGAGUUAGCCUUCCUGAGACUGCCAUGACCUUUGACCCUGACUGCUUCCUCAAUAACCCCAAGCAGGGCCAGACCUACGGAGGAGGCGGCGGAAAAAACGAGGGGUGUAACGGCAACGACGGGGGAAUCCACUGUUCCUCCAACGGAUUCGUCUACAACCCAUCCCUCGUCAACAACAUCAAGAAGGAAGCCACGCCCCUGGAGCAGCCGCUAGCGCCUCAGGGCGGUUAUGUCGGCGAGGGGGCGGGCCUCAGCCCCAGCACCACCUUGGAGCAAAUGGACUUCAGUGCGGUCAUGUCAUCGCCGUGUGUCCCAAGUCUAACCCAGUCCGCUCACCACCCUUCGCCCAACCUCUUCCUGCAGGCCCCGGCUCACGCGAACCAGUCCUCCCAGCAGCAGACCAACGGCGCCGAGGGAGCGCAGGAGUCGGACGAAACCGGGUCUUACAUAAGCCUGCAGAGAGACACCCCCGUCACCAACGGAGACCCGCACUCACACCUCCAUCCAACCAGCCAAGACCCGCAGGCGCUCUGUGGAAGGAGUGAAAAAGGAGCACCGGGGGCCGCGUUUGCUCUGACCAGCCAGGACACGCGUGUUGACCAGUCCGGCGGCGGGGGUCAUCAGGAGGUCGCCAGCAAAGCCGCUGAGAACGGCGGGGACUUGAUGCUCAAGUCUGGAUCCGCUCACGAGGCUUAUGCGAGCGUGGACACGGAGCGCUACCUUCAACCUACGGAUGACAAUGGCGGCGGCGAGGAGGGGGGCGGCGCCUGCGGAGCGGCAGGAAAUGGGGAAAAUGAAAUUCUUUGUAACGGUGUGAGCUUGUCGGGACCCGGAGGCUCGGUGGGGGCCAGUCCUCAGUCAAUAGGCGCUGGUGCCAGCAUGGAGAGGGCGCUCUACACUUCCUCCCUCCCUCCACAAGGUGGGGGCGUAUCGGCCACGGCGGCGGGAGCCGGCGCCGCCAUCAGCCUGGAGGGUUUCGAGGCCUCGUUUGGAAGCCAGUUCUCUGACCUCAUAAAUGAUUUCAUCUCGGUCGAGGGGUCUGGAGGUGGGGUCGGGGCGGCUGUCACCGGGGUUCUGAUGCCCCAGGAGGGGGCGGUCGGGGAGGAGCAGGGCACAGGGGCAGGCCACCUCCAAGGCUCAGAAGUGGAGCAGGGAGCCCUGGGAAUGCUCCAGGAGACCGGGAGGCUGUUUGGUGUGACAGACUACUCCCCCGAGUGGUCUUAUCCAGAGGGUGGCGUCAAGGUGCUCAUCACAGGACCGUGGUUGGAGUCGAGCAGCGAGUACAGCUGUUUGUUUGACCACAUCAGCGUCCCUGCUGCCCUCAUCCAACCUGGUGUGCUACGCUGCUACUGUCCAGCCCAUGACACAGGACUGGUCAUGCUGCAGGUAGCGAUGGGUGGAGAGGUCAUCUCUUCAUCUGUGGUGUUUGAAUACAAGGCCCGCGACCUUCCCGCCCUUCCUUCUUCUCAGCACGACUGGCUGUCUCUCGACGAUACCCAAUUCAGGAUGUCCAUCUUGGAGCGUCUGGAGCAGAUGGAACAGAGGAUGGCUGAUAUAACCAAUCAAAACCCCAGCUCAGAAACCAUGGCAACCAAGAGUGGAGGGGUGGAAGGAGGGGGAGCCACUGAACAGCAGUCUCAAACCUCUCCGGACCACAGUUCGUUCGAGGGGCGAGUUGUGGUUGUGUGUGAGAAGAUGAUGUCCCAGCCAUGCUGGGCCUCCUCCAAUCAGCUCGUCCACAGUAAGAACUCCAGAGGAAUGACCUUACUCCAUCUGGCCGCAGCUCAGGGCUACGCUGGGCUCAUUCAGACUCUGAUCCGCUGGCGAACCAAGCACGCUGACAGUAUUGACCUUGAGCUGGAAGUGGAUCCUCUUAACGUGGACCAUUUCUCCUGCACACCACUGAUGUGGGCUUGUGCUCUUGGUCAUACUGACGCAGCGCUGGUGCUCUACCAGUGGGACACGAGAGCUUUGGCUAUUCCUGACUCUCUGGGUCGCUUGCCGCUCAACAUCGCCAGAUCCCGGGGCCACACGCGAUUGGCCGAGCUCUUGGAGCAGCUGCAGCAGAGUCCUCAAGCUCAAAGCCAGCCUGCUGAUUCGUGGAUGGACAGGUGGAGAGGUGGCGCUGAACUCGGUAGAAUAAGCAGCAGUCAUUCUUCUAACCCUAACUCAGAGGCGAGAACGAGGCCAGGGAGUCAGUCACAGUCAAACAACCAGACCUGGAACCAGACAGGACCCCGAGCCUCACAGGCAACCCAGGGAGAGCAGGCGGGUCCACCCCCGGCUAAGAGACUCAAAGCCACCCAGCAGCAACUCUCUAACUUAACCUCCAGCGACGUAACCUCCGGCCCGAAGCACCUCAGCCCCAACGAUCACCUCCCCCCUGUACCCAGCCCCCAACAAAUCCAACAUCCCAACCUCAGCAAUCGGAACGCACUUCCCGCCAGUUUCAGUCCCGACCGUCCGCGGCUACCCAGCAGCCCCCCCUUCUCCCACCUGCAGGCCAGGAUAGGGGCUUCGGGAGGGGGCGUCAGGUGGAGUCUGAGACAGACUCUGGGGCAGCGUAGCCUAGCCAGGAGGAUUCUGGGGAAGGAGAGACUGGCGGUUCACCUGCGCCAAAGAGUGCUGACUGACAGGGGGGAGGAGACAGAGCUGCUGACCUAUCAGGAUAACACGGACGACUUGCAGGUGGAUAUUUCAAUGUUAGCUGAUCACAUCAUGGAGACAUCCGCUGGUCGACUGAAACAGGGAACCAUGGAGGCUGACACGGACUCUGGAAGGCUGGGCCUCAGCAGGGAUGUCAGAUUAUUAUCUGGUUAUCUUGCUGAAGUGGAAAGGUUCCUUAAUGCCAAACUUCAUACUCCUGGCCCUAAACCAACCUCUCACUCAGGGCCUGAGGGUGAGCUGAGUCAACAAGCUGAGAAAGUCCUGUCCAACCGCUCUGACUGGAACUCCUUCCUCUCCACAGCUAUGAAAGGGGAACGCUUGAAAACGGACUCAUCUUUUCUAGCCAUGACGGAGGCAGAGCAGAGAGAACUGUACGAGACCAUCAGGAACGCUCUGCACUCCCUUAGAAAACACAAGGGUCCUAUUCAGGAACAACGCAAAGAGAUUGCAGCAGUGAUUCAGCGCUGCUAUAAGAGAUACAAGCAGUAUGCACUUUAUAAGAGGAUGACCCUGGCAGCCAUCCUGAUCCAGAGCCGUUUCCGGAGUUUUCACGAGCAGAGGAAGUUCCAACAGAGUCGCAGAGCAGCAGUCCUCAUACAGCAAUAUUACCGCUCCUACAGACACUCCCUCAGAGACCUUCUAACUAAAAAGCAGAACCAGGCUGCACGCAAGAUCCUGAGGUUCCUGCUCCGAUGCCGCCACAGGGUCAGAGAGCAGAAAAAGGCCAGGGGUCCUGAGAGCCCACCGCCAGGCCCCGCCCACAGCCCACUCAGCCUGUGAGCAACCCCCACUCUUCUCCUUCUUCUUUUUCCUCUCCAAACUACGUUCCUCCCUGCCCCCGCCCCCCUCCCCUUCCGUCCCUUCCAUCCUCGUCGCCCCCUUUUUCGCUCGCCCUCUAUCCUGUCUUCUCUCAAGAGGAAGAACGAAACUUCCCAGACUGACAGAGGACAGGAUAGGUGUCCAUCAUGGCAGCUCAGACACAGACUACUAUGGCGAGCCCGGGGAUCUGGCUCCGCCCACAGCACUGAUCCUCCUCCGCGGUUUCCACCGGGAGGCCAUCACAUUAACCUCAUGGCAUUCUUUGCACUCUUCAUGGGUCUGUUUCUUGGCAAGUCCGCGAGAGCCAAACGGGAGCGAGUGAGGAAGCGGCCGACGAUGUCAUGGCGACGUUUGCGGAUGCGGAUGCGGUGGAAGGCGUCAGUCAUCUGGCGGGACUCGCCGAACUCAUGCAAAACCCAAACGAUGAUCCGUGAAAGGAUAAGAAAACAUAAACCAAAAAACUCACUUCUAUGUUGCAUUUGCAUGCAAGUUUUUCCUUAUUUUUAUUUGGCUUUUUCCUCCUCCUCCUCCUCCUUCUCCUCCUCCUCCGCCUCCUCCUCCAUCAUCCCGACGAGCUUCGGUGGCGAAUCAUCGUGUUAACUCGGUAUAAUUACGACAUCACCCACCGCUCUUGACUCUCACCAGGCGUCCCAGCCUAUCAGCCGGUCACAUGAUCAAAAGGGGAGGAACCACUUGAAUGUAAGAGGAGCGUCGUUUUCCGCGAGGGUCGGGGGUCUGACUUAACGAUGUCUUAAUUUGUUACAUGGACUUUGUACGGAGUUUGUUCUCAAGGGGCAGCACUUUGCCAGCCCCCACGUGGUGUGUCUGUGUUCGUUCGAUUCUCGAUGCAUGUGUUUGAGCCACGAGCUCCUGCAUGCUUGCCAAAACUGCUUUCGUGUCGUUUCUUUUGUAUUUCUAUGUGUAGUUGUGUCUCACUGUUCUCAUCGACUUCUCCUCGCCCUGCGUAAUGUGAAUUGUGUACGGACAAAUGACAUAUUUUGGGUGCUUUUUUUUUUUAAAGAAAAAAAAAUGUUUAUUUAUUUAAGGGUCUGAUAUUUAUUUGAUUGGCUCAAGAGUGGUUAAGCUUGAGACUGGUUUCCGCCCCCCCUACCCCACUGACCCCCUUCCUCCUCCUACUCCCUGUGUGCUAAAAUAUGACAUGUUGCGGUGGUUUAAUGUCUCCGUUAGUUUGUUUUUUCGCGUGAACCUCGAAAUCCUAACUGUGGUUUUGAGGAGAGAGUCACACACAGUAACAUUGCCUUGACUUCUUCCUGACUCUGAGAGGUCUCUAUGCUAGCUCUGUACAGGACACGGGUCCGAUACCUACCCCUAUACAGGGCAUUGAUCCCCAUAUUGGCCCAUACGGGCAAUCAAAUCCAUAUUUUGGACUAUUGCAUAUUCCUGUAUAUAAACUGACGAGGUAAGGGGAUACGAGGACCCUGAAACUUUUUCAUAAGAGGACUGUAUUUAAGAUUAUAAAUUAUUUUACUCCCAUAAUGAGAACUUAACAUAGAGACCUGGCUACACAGGAUGGCUGUAUUGCUUGUAAAUAAUGUAGAUAUUACAAACCGAGUAAUGUGCAUGAUAUUUACGACAAAGAAACAGCAAAAAGAACAUGUUAGUGGCUACGGACUGUGAGAGGAUUUUAACGGCUUCACCUUAAGAGUAUCCAGUAUAAGUGUUACUGAAAAAGAACAUUUUGUUCAAGCAUGCAAACGAAAAAAAAAAAAAUGUAAUGUUAGAAUUAAAUAAGUGGGGAAAACAAAGUUAGCUGAAAAAGUGAUCUUUCAGACAAAACAUUUACACGUUGUGCUUUUGUUCCUUGGCUAGCAAAAAUCAAACACUUUUUUGCCAGUAGUGCCAAUUAUUAUGAAUGCUAUUUUGCCUAAUACUUUACGUUGGGGGGGGAAAAAAAAAAAAACCAACACCCAAAAGAUAUCAGCAAGAUGCACAGAGGCAACACACACAGACAAUAAACAGUAGACAAGAUAGUAAUAGCUCAAGUGUAGUUUGACUAGAGGAUGAUGUUGAAGAUGCAAAACAAUGAAAAUAACGGCGGUAAAGAUUGCUGACAUGGCGGAGGCAUUGAGGGUGCUACAUUCUUUACAAUGUGGUCGUGCUUCAGCAACAUACUACCUUUUUUUAGUUCAAACCAUUCUCACUAACAGAAUGUCUCCUUCGCGCUCUUUACGUAUCAUUUGAAUCCGUUUUCUCCUCCUCAUCACUGCCAUUGUACGACAUGUGCUUAAGAAUUCUGGAAAGCUCUGUUUAGGAAGUGCCUGCUCAAUAACAGAAAAAAAAAAGUGCAAGCUAAUAUCAGGAAAUGUCUAUUGUAUGUUCUCCAUAUGGCUGCCGGUUACAUUUUUUGCUUUCAAGAAAUUGUGUGUUCAAAGUCACGAGUGGCGAGUUCGAUGCGUUCGAAUUGAUUAUACAGUUUGCCCGCUUGUUUGUGCAUUUUUUCAGUAUUGGAACCUCAAAUCCGUCCCCGGUCAUGCGAACGUCUUAAGUGUAAUGAGGCGGGAGGAUCGUUUGACUUCCCGCGCCGAUAUCACAUUGACAUGUUCUUGUAGCAUUAACGUGAAAUAAGAACGCAGUAGUUUUUCCAGAAAACCGCACGCUCCUGUCCCAUCAUUCCGUGUCUGUCCCACCCUGUGUCUCUCCCACACAAACACAAUCGUACACAGUCAGACACAACAAGAAGGCCACAGUCUUUCUCUCUGUGCUUACGUCUUCGGGAACGGUUCAAUCUCUCCCUUAGAUUUUACUCAGGGUUAAAGAACAGGGAGAUGAUAUGUGGAGUGUCGCUAAUUCAUUGCUAACACACAACUCGUACAUACGUUCAGGAUACUUGUUUGUCCGAUGAAAAACAAUCUCAUUCGCAUAUUUUAGUCUCAUUUUGUGAGGCGGCGGUGAAUGUGAUCUAUUUGCUAAAGUGUAAUCUGUGUAUUUUUUUUUUUUUAUUUUUUUUUAGCAAUUUCUAAAGGUCGUAAACGCACAAGAUUUAAUACAAAGAAGUAGAAAAACUGUCCCGGUCAUGUGUUAUACUUGUGUUAAAACACCGGAAAGUUGCAAGAUCUCUAAAAUGUGCACUUCCGUGAUUCCUCACAGACACAGAUUUCCUCCCACCUCGGCACAACUCCUGUUUAGAUUGUCCACACACACACACACAUACACACACAUACACACACACACCACAACAUCCUUGCGCUUGUCAAUUCACAGAUUGAAUGGCUAACACAGAGAGCGUGUAUUAAAAAAAAGAGAUUAUGUCUAAAAAAAAAAAAAAAGUACUGGGGGAAAAAAGUUAAA